AUAUUUUUCAGUCACAUUUUCAGAGGGCUAUAUGUGACAAUGCCCAUUGUGAUCCUGGUUGUGUAAAUUAUAUAUGGAACAAGUAAAACUGAUCAAACAGAACUUAGUUAUCUUAGUUCAAAAAAUCCAGCAUAUUUCAGUUUUGUCACUUUCUGUUAACUAUCAUUGGACCUUAACGAAAUGUUUUUUUAUAGGAUAGGCAUUUCUAUAUACUGUGCAUAGGUUAACAAACCCCAAUGGACGGAUCAAUAACAAGUAUAUAGCGAACACAAGCUUGUACCCUAAAAUAACUGGUGUGUUCAAUAGUAAUACAACGCUAUAAGCUACAUGUACUCAGUGCUUAUAGUAAAAUACUUGAAAUACACUAAGCCUAUACGCAUACAAUCAUACAUCACAAAAAUGCCAUCGACUAAGAGUGCAGAGGAAAAAGAUGGAGAUUUUGCAGGUUUCUUUUCGACAGUCGACGAGCAUACGACAUCUAUUGUCGCAGCGGUGACAGGUACAAUUCCCAGUUGGAUUAAAGGUGGAUUCCUUCGAAAUGGACCUGGAAAAUUUGAAGCUGGUAAGGACAAAUACAACCAUUGGUUUGAUGGACUUGCUCUGUUGCAUCGGUUUGACUUUGACAACGG